AUGGUGUCCCGCGAUUUCUUUCUUCGGCUACCGCCCACCGCCGCUUUUCUUCUGCUCUCCAGCAUAUUCACCCUCACACAAGCGAGCGCUCUCUUGCCCCGGCAAACAAACGUUGUCGCAUAUCGAACAUUAGACGUCUUGAAUUGGCCGCUUGCGACGCCGAUGCCAUGGCUUGGCGCUCUUGACAGACGACAGGACUCCAGCACUAACACCGUCUGCGGUUACAUCAACGGCGACCCCAACCUACCGGCAACAUGCUCUGCCGGAUCUCAUUGCGCCAUGGAUGCCAGUGCAUCGGCCAUCGGCUGCUGUCCGAACGGUGUCGCUUGCACAACGGGUGUCUAUACCGGCUGUGUAGACUCGAACAGCGCCACCCAAACUGUCACCGAUCCCUACAUUUUCACCUGCCAGGGCUCCAACGUUUGCUUCAAAAAUACGUAUGAGGGAGGAGCCUACCAAUAUGGCUGCGGCUCAACGACCCAGGGCAGCACUGUUGUCCCCACUGCCACUGGACUCAGCACGACAGUGUCUAUUACACAGGUAUCGGGUCUCGUCACAAAGGCGGAGACGUCAUCAAGCUCCAGUUCGACCAGUUCUUCUUCGUCGAGCUCGGCUUCCUCUAGCUCCAGCUCCUCAUCUUCUACCAGCUCUUCGACGUCUUCUAGCUCGGUCACAUCUUCGACACCCACAUCAUCGGCUGCUCCCACCUCGUCGCAGCCUCCAGCAAGCAGUGCCCCUCCUCCCCCGCCAUCACAAGAAGCACAGGACGCAGCUUUGCGACGGAACGGCGGCAUUAUCGGUGGGGUGGUUACCGGUGCGGCAAUCUUUGUUGCCCUCAUCUCGGCAGGUCUUUGGAUGCGGAAGCGCAAGCGCGGCAACAACAAGCGCACUGGUCCAGGCCUCGGCAAGGGUCCUUCUUAUGUCAAGCCUGUCAGUAACCAGAGGGAAUUCACUCCUGUCCCCGGCCAGGAAAUGUUUGAACAGGCAGGCUACGGACACCCGUCGAUGAUGCCCGGCGCACAUGGCACCACCACAUCUAUUACGGGUGGAAGAGCCGCCACCGUCCCUGCUACGCCCGCCGAAUCAGCCUACGGAGGUUACGUGCCAGGGGGUGCCAUCCCGUCAGGGUCAGCUCGCCGGUCUAUUGAAGACGAAGUCCCGCUGACGCACCGGAACGAGAUGGAGGACUUCUCACGGGGCUACAACGACGCCAUUAACCGCAACGACGGGGAUGAGACACGCGUAGGGAGCGUGGCUGGACGCAGUACAGCAACUACGAACGAUGGCGGUGCCGGUGCAGGUGCAAGUUCAAGUGCGGGUGCGGGUGCGAACCCUGCAGAUGGAGCUGAUAUCGCGGAGGAGAGACCGUUGUGGCAGCAGAAUCGGAGACAGAGCCGGAACUUGAUGUGGAUGUAA